GGGCACCCUAACAGGGGUCCCUGUCGUUGUAAUGUAGUGGCAGGCGACUUCCGUUCCUCCUGGUACUGUCCUGAACAAGGACCGGUGGGUAUGUAUGACAUCCAUAAGGUCGUUGCAUGCACACACGGGGUAAUCAAAUGA